ACUCAUCUACAAAAAAUCGAAUUUUCCCCUGGCAUCACUGGUAGCUAGCAUAUGUUGAAUUAAUGACCGCUUAUAUCCCUUGAUUAUAAUAUUUAAUGAAUUUGCAAAAUUUUCAAGUCUCACAGUGUCCUCCAAGCGUUUACUAUGUCCCCAAUUUUAUAACAGUUGAGGAAGAAUCAUAUAUUCUUUCCACGGUUGGUAAAACUCCCAAACCUCGCUGGACUCAACUGUCUCAUCGAAGACUUAUCAAUUACGGAGGUGUUCCUCAUCCCAAGGGAAUGAUAGCCGAAGAAAUUCCACCAUGGUUACAAAAAUAUGUUGAUAAAAUUAAUCAACUCGAUUGUGUCUUUGAGAAUGAACGAAAGGCAAAUCAUGUGCUCAUUAAUGAGUACCUUCCUGGACAAGGAAUCAUGCCACAUCUUGACGGACCACUGUUUUAUCCUAUUAUAACGACUAUUUCUUGUGGGUCUCACACUGUCAUCGAAUUUCAAGAGCCACUAAAUCGGGAUAACUCUUGUGAUUCUGAAAAACAACCAAAACUUUUCAAGUUGUGGGUAGAGCCUAGGAGCUUACUGAUUCUGAAGGAUGAGAUGUAUCAUCAAUAUCUGCACUCUAUUGCGGAACUCGCCGAAGACAUCAUCGAUGAAAAUUUGGCAAAUUUUUCUACUUUGAAUAGUAAGGGAUCUGUUCUACAAACAGGAAAUAAACAAGUCCGAAACAAGCGUAUCUCACUGACAAUUCGGCACGUCCCAAAAACAUCAAAAAUGAAAAUAAAACUUUUUUAACACUGCCAUUCA